AUGGAUACACAGGUUCUGGUCAAAGGUCAUUGCCACCCGGCUCCCCACAUCGACUCGCCUCACGGGCCUCUUCGUCAGAGGAGGAAAUUCCAAGGACGCAAUGCUUGGUUCUCUUGCGCCAGUUGCUGGGCCAUCCUUCGGUGGGAGGCCGUGAAUUUGAGAGGGUUAAACGACGUCACGGUGGAUGCCUCGCCGGCUGUGGAAGUUCCGACUCCCACUAUAGGUUAUGCAUCUCGCCAUUACCAAGAUUUCAUGUUUUUCAACACCGACGUCCAGACCUCAUCUUCAUCAGCCAUGUUGUCUAGACUGGAUUCCACCUUGUCGUCCCUGGAGGCUUCUGGAUUCGCACCGAUACUGGCCAUGUGCAAAUUGAGCGUGCGCAGGAUCUCGUCCAGAUCUUUGUCGUUCCCCUCCCAUUACAAAAAGUUGAGGCAUGGCACGAUCGCACGGUCCGAGCCGAUGGAGCCUUAUGCCCAGCCAUCGCCAAUGUCGUUUUGUCCGGCCGGUGCCUGCGUCAUGAUGGUGUUGGAUAUUAACAACUGCGUGCGAGGCCAGAUCGUGCCAAUUAAGGAUGACAGGUGCGACAGAACGAGCUUGAACGGCCCGUGGAGAGCACCCCUAGGAAAUAUCCUUUCCGACAACUGA